GGAGAUAACUUUAUAGCUGAUUGAUUAUGGUCAAUUGGAAGACUCGUUCCACGAUGAGCUCCAAGAAGAAAUCCCUGUCCGGCAAGGAAUCGCAGUACUUUAUGGACCCUAAACUGAUACCCCGGGUUCGGCAGUAUUUGAGCAAUCACAGUUCCUUGAAAAGCUUCAGCGUUGGUACAAUGGCUCGAGAGUUGCAGAUAAUGUAUGGAGAUUAUGCCAGAAAGAAACGGAUAGCCUUUUUGAAAUCUGUGGAGAAAGCUUACCAAAUCAUCUGUGAUGAUGAUCACUCCUCUGAGGAAGGGGACGACUUUACAAUGCAACUGGAGAAGAAACAUCUUUUAAAUAAAUCAAACUAUAAGUAUGCAGACGAUUGUAUCGACAUAGAGAGUGACACGACAGAUAAGAGUUUCUCUUCUGAUAACACAGAUUAUGUCUCCUUUAAGGACACAAAUAUGAUGAAUAAUUUUAUGACCAAAGUAUAUCAAGGACAUUCUAAGAAACCUCUGAAAGAUGACAAGAAUGCAUCAUCAUUUAUGGAAGUCUCCCCUCAUCCGAAAACAACUGCUCUACCACAGACCACUCCACACUUCAAAUCAUCUCAGCCUUCACCAUCAUCAUCAUCAAUAUCAUCUUAUUUACAUUUACAGAAUGGGAUUCCAUCUAGCCUUACUGUAAAUUCACCGCUGGGUUUGCACCAGCACACUCCACAACAGCAGCAAAUCUCACCUGCCUUGCCACCAACUUCGUCGUCAUCAUAUGUGGGGGGCAGUACGCCCCUAGUGACGACCACUCCCAAAACUUCAUUGCACUCAAUGCCAAAGUCUUUCAAGAACCAUCAUUCAUACUCUGCUGAUUCAUUUCGUCAUGUAAAGGGACAGAAGUCGUCGUCGACCAUCCCUAACAGCAGUCGAAUGCCACUUGCUAAAUCGGUAGAGCGGAAAAAGAAGAUUUUAGUGAGAACUCCUGAUGAACGUGGUUCCGGUGAGAAAACACCAAUGGAUGUCAGUGCUACAACCCCACGGUUGAAACGAAUACGAAGUAGUGAGUCAAAAUAUUAUGAAUCUGAACAAAAACCAACCAAAAAUGAUGAUUAUGGUUUCCAAUAUUCUACAGUGACAUUUGCUGAUGUUGGCGGCAACGAAAAAUGUCUGAUGCUUUUUUUUUUGUACCAGGAACUUGAAGUGCCAUUCUUAAAAUUAGCUGCUACGGAGCUUGUUUCCGGGGUGUCGGGAGAGUCUGAACAAAAAAUGCGACAGAUUUUUGAGAAAGCCAGAACCAAUGCUCCAUGUAUAUUGUUCUUCGAUGAGAUUGAUGUGAUAACUCCAAAGAGAGAGACCGCAUCCAAAGAUAUGGAACGACGAAUUGUGGCUCAACUGUUAACCUGUCUUGAUGACUUGAAUGAUGUAAAGAAAUCUCCUGACAAUGUCUUGGUUAUUGGUGCUACGAAUCGGCCAGACUCAUUAGACCCUGCUUUACGGAGAGCCGGCAGGUUUGAUCGAGAAAUCUCUUUAGGAAUUCCUGAUAAAAUAGCCAGACAAAGGAUUCUACAGGUGCUCUGCAAGAACCUAAAGCUGUCUGACAACUUCAACUAUUCCCAACUGGCCCACAUGACUCCUGGUUUUGUCGGAGCUGAUCUUAGUGCCUUGUCGAGGGAAGCAGCCAUGGUUGCUAUAAACAGGGUUUUUAAAGAAAUCCAAAACAAAAAAAAACUAAAAAUGGACACAGAGCCAACAAAAAUGGAUCAGAGUAUUAACAACUCACUGAAGACAAACAAUGAAUUAGAAUGUUCUACAGAGUUUGGUAUUAGCAGUGGUCCUCUAUGGGCCAUGCCAGCUGUAUCCUUCAUGUCCGAAGAACUGUUGUUAGCUCUCAGCUGGCUCAGAGAAGAACCUCCUUUAUCUCCUGCCGAACUAGAAAGCGUUUUUAUUACAAUGGACGAUUUUAUGGAAGCAGUGAAAUUAGUUCAACCCUCAGCCAAGCGAGAAGGUUUUGCUACCAUUCCUGAUGUCACAUGGGACGACAUUGGUGCAUUGCAUAAUAUUCGUGAAGAUUUGAAGCUUGCUAUAUUGGCUCCUGUUAAAUAUCCUGAAAGAUUCAAGUCCCUUGGUUUAACAAGGGCUCCUGGAAUCUUAUUGGCUGGACCUCCCGGCUGUGGAAAGACAAUGUUAGCUAAAGCCAUUUCUAAUGAAUCGGGAAUAAAUUUCAUAUCUGUCAAAGGACCAGAAUUGCUUAAUAUGUAUGUCGGUGAGAGUGAACGAGCUGUCCGCCAAGUCUUUCAAAGAGCCAGGAAUUCUUCUCCCUGCGUCAUUUUCUUUGAUGAAUUGGACUCCUUAUGUCCUCGAAGAUCUGAAAGCGGCGAGGGUGGUGCUAGUGCUCGGGUAGUCAACCAGAUGUUGACAGAAAUGGACGGUCUUGAAGAAAGAAAGCAAGUAUUCGUGAUAGCAGCCACAAACAGACCUGAUAUUAUUGAUCCUGCAAUUUUACGACCUGGUCGAUUGGAUAAAACCCUUUAUGUGAGUUUUCCUUCUGAAUCUGACAGACUUGAUAUACUCCGGACAAUUACGAAGGACGGUGCCAAACCGAAGCUGAGUGACAAAUCUCUCCUGGAGACCAUUGCUAAGGACACUCGCUGUACUGGUUUCUCUGGUGCUGAUCUUUCCUCGUUGAUAUGUGAAGCCAGUGUCAGUGCCAUGAAAGAAAGCAUCACGAAUUGUCCACAUGAAGACUCCAAGAACUUCCCUGUUGUCACGGUAACCGACAAACAUAUAGAAAUUGCCUUCUCGAAAGUGAAACCUUCAGUUUCAACAAAGGAUAGACAGAUUUGGUUGGGAAAACAGUUAUAAGAUGAUAUUCUGCUUAAAGGAAAAGAAAAGGCUGUUUAUUGUUUUAAUUUAUUUGUUGGUUCAUUAAUAUAUAUACAUAUAUAUAUAUAUAUAUAUUUUUCAUAUGUUUAUUUAUAUUAAAUGUGUAAAUGUC